AUGGCUGGAUCGUGUGUGUUUGGAGAGGUCAUAACAAUUAUCACCGUUGUAUUCUGGGGUGGGGUUUGUACUGCGGAGACUGUACGCCGUGGUAAUGGUAAUAGUAUGAUUCGGAUGGACACUAUCGCAGAGAGAGAGAGAGAGAGAGAUGUCGCCUAUAACAUUGCACCUUCAUUUAUUCAACGUAAGUGUAAAGUAGGUGCUACUGAACUUAGUAUAGAAUGGAAACCAUUCAAAAACGGUACUUCGGUGACGGGUUAUGUUGUAGAAAUCGAAGAAAAUACUAAUACGUGUAGAGAAGUAUACCGUGUCUGGGACGCAAUAUCAUCUGCAGAAAUUACAAAAGAACACACUCUAUUUUUUACAUCUAUAUGUAUGUAUUGGUGA